AUGAAGCCUCGUAUAGCAUACUGUUCGUUGCUCAUGCAAGCAGCCGUCGCUGCCACAUACCCUCAGUUUAACCAUGGGGCUUCGACAACUCCCUCUGUCGAAACCGUUUUCUCCCUGCCUUCCAUCCCCUCGUGGUUCGAGAACCUCGCAUACCGCCCAUCAACAAACACCAUAAUCACAACCCGCCUCGACGUCCCUCAGAUCUGGUCCAUCGACCCAACCACUCACGAAGGCACCCUCCUCGCCAACAUCACUGAGACCUCCGGCCUGAUUGGUAUCACACAGCUCAUAUCAUCGCCUGACACCUUCAUCGUUGCGAGCGCCAACUUCUCCACCUUCGUGCAGCCUAACUCCUCCGUGCUGUGGAAUCUCACAUUCUCCGAAGACGGCUCUGCCAGCGUGACGCAGGCCGCGGCCGUCCCGCAGAUGGGCCUGGUCAACGGCCUGGCGAGAUGGGAUGACCGCACCGUCCUCGCAGCUGACAGCACUAUGGGGCUGAUCUGGAAGGUCGACCUCGACACCGGCGAGGCGACGGUAGCCCUUGCGGACCCGACGAUGGCGCCCGUUGAAUCAAACGGGGUUAAUGGUGUAAAAGUUUAUAGGCCCAGGGACAGCGAGGAGACCUUUGUCUACUAUACGUCGACCGAUCAGGGUCUGCUAGCGCGCGUGCCCGUCUCUUCUGUCACUGCCGAGAAGCUCCCUGCCGAUGCGCCCGUGGAGAUCAUCGCAGGCGGUUUGAAUCCCGAUGAUUUCGCGCUGCUUGAUGAUGGGAGUGUCUACCUCACUACGGGUGCCAACAACACUGUCGUUCACGUUGCUUUGGAUGGGGGUAUCGAGACUGUGGCUGGGAGUCUUGGGGAUUUAGAGCUCGCGAGUAGCACGGCUUGUCAGUUUGGGCCUGAGGGCCAGCUAUAUGUCACCACUGCGGGUGGACUGGAGGGUGCGGUGAAUGGGACGCUCCUGGGCCCGGGCAACGUUGUCUUGGUUAAUCUGGGUGCGCUAUAG